AACGCCAUACUUCUAAAAUGCUUUUUUCGGGCGAGUUUACAUUAUCCGCAUAAAAUCAAAAAAGCAGAAAAAAGAACUAAAAGAAGUAUUUGAAAAGUUGUCAUUUGGCAAAUAAACUAAAUGUUAUUACCAAAUGUCAUAGCGUCAGUGUGAUUAACACGCUAAAACAUUGCAAACGCGCAUUUUUCUGGGAAAAAGCGAUAGCAGGAAAAAAAUUUAGAGUGGUGAAUAUUUCCGUUUUACGCAUUUUGCUGUGUUCGUCCAUCAGCUGCGGCUGUCAAAAGUUGGCGUGCCGUGGUGAAUAGCUGCAAGCCGAAAACAAAACACGACAAAAUUAUGAACAACAUUUUGUGAAUAGAAAAGAGGAUUAAGAAACGAUUGUGCGUGUGCCAUUUGUGACUGUGCAAUGGAUAACCGUUUCAAAUGGCAACAACAAAGAGGUGGCUACAUGGAGCCACCCAAUUACGGUGGUCCCCCGCAUAUACCAAGAUCCGCCUAUCAGGUACCCUACAAGAAUUACAAGCGACCCAAUCACAAUAACUACGGGUACAACAAACAUCCUGCCAUUGGCCCUGGUGGUGGCAACAUUUAUUACAAGCCACCGCCACCCCAGCAACAGCAGCAGCAGCAGCAACAACAGCUACCACAACAUGCCAGAGGAGUCGACGGCGUUGGCUUGUCUCAAGUCCCUUUGCCGGAAUCCGGGAGCAGCAGCAGCGGUUCAGAUGUUGUCACAUUGAUAGUGGAGAACAACACGCUGAAAAAAAUGAUUGUGCUGCAUUUGGAUUUGAUGCAUACUCAAAACGAAAGUUUAAUGGAGAAAGACAAGAAGUUGGAGGAUCAAAAUGGACGCAUCAAGACCCUACUUUCUCAAAACCAGGAACUAAUGCAGCAGAUAGCCAAACUCAGCCAAACCAUUGAGGAUCUUCGCAAGGAGUUUCGCAGGCAUAUCAAGCGUUCGGCAAACGAUAUUGAUGAGCAGCCCAAGGCCAAAUAUCAAUGUUGCGCCGACAAACAGACACAGACAAUAGAAUUGCUUCAGCAGGAGGCGCUGCUCCAAGGCUAUUCGACGCAUGCGACACAUUCGAAACAAACGCAAAAUGUUUUGGUUACAUCUGUUACGGAUUUGCCACCAAGAACACCGGUUGUUGAGAAUAAUAAGUCUCGCAAUGAGUUCAAUGGCGGCAAGAAGGUCAGAACCUUCUUUUUGCAUCGUGUGCAUCAGGAGGAGGAGGAACAACAGCAKGAAGAGGAAGAACAGCAACAGGAAGAGGAUAGACAGCCAGAAGAGGAGCAAAUUCAAUUGGACGACUUUCAUAGUCAGUUGGAAAUUGUAGAGGAAGAGCAGCUAGAGCAUGAGGAGCACGAAGCACAUAUGGAGCACGCACAUCAUGAACAGCACGAAGAACUUGAGGAGCACGAACAUCAUGAUCAGCACGAAGAACUUGAGGAGCACGAACAUCAUGAUCAGCACGAAGAACAUGAGCUGCAGGAACAACAUGAAGAGGAGCAAGAAGAAGAGCAGGUGGAAGAAGAGCAGUUGGAAGAGGAGCAGGUUGAAGAGGAGGAAAUGGAAAUGGAGAUUGACGAAGAACAGGACCGCGUGGGUAAUGAAACGCCUGAAGCAAAUGACAUGGAAAUCGGUAACGAAACUAUUAUCGGAGCUGAAGAAGAGCUGGGCGCCGAAGAGGAGACAGUCGAUGAUAACAAUUACAAUGGCCACAUCUACGAGGAAGUGAUUGAGAUGGGCUCCGAAAUAGUUAACAAUGGCGACAUAGACAUGGGCAUGGAUGUCUCGCAACAAGAACUGCAAGAGGACUUGCUCCGACAGUUGCAAGAUACCGCGCACUUGAAGCCACACAAGAAAGUCUCAAACAUCAUUAAAAAUGAGUUGAAAUAUUUAAAUUGUUCAGAGGAUAUUGUUAACAAAUGUUUUCAAUCGAAAAAAUGUGAUGAACCAACAUUGCCUGUGGCAGUAACUAAGACCACAAAGUCGCAAUUAAAAGUUGAAAAGAAUGAGAAGGGAGUAGAAGAGCAGUUGGGAGAAGAGAAGGCGGAAGUGGUAAAGGCAGAGGCGGAGCAAAAGCGAGAGCAGAUGGAGGAGCAGCAGGAGAAGGAGGAGAAGUGCGAGAAGAAGGAGGAAGUCACCCACAAUUCUUAUGUCAAAGAGGAAAUUGAAGAAAAAACAAUUUCAGUAAUGUCACAAAAAGUACGGCUGCAUUCGGCAACGCUUAAAACUGUGGGCAACCAUCGGAUAACAAAGUCGCAUGUGGAAACCAUAAAGAAGGAGCGUAUUGUUAAAUUUAAAAACCUGCCAGUGAAGGAGCCGACUACAACAGCAAAAACAACAACACAAUCAACAGCAAGUGAAAACGAAGGAAUGUCCGAUGCCAUACUAGAGCAAGAUUCGGAGAACAUGGGACAGCAAAGAAAAAAGCGAAAACAACAGCACGAGCAAAACAUUACGCAAAAGCUGGAGGGAGAGCUAAAAUUAACAAGAGAGCUUGAGAAGAAGCAACAACAUCAGCUGGAGGCGAACCAUCAGGCAACCGAGUCGCAAGCAAAAGCAGCAAGUAAGGAUCGUAGUGCAGAUAAGUUGAAAAAUAAUCAGGCCAUGGGGACAGCGCAUACACCGCAUACAGCAGCAAAGCACCAGGAGGCAAUUUUAGAUACGUUUACGCAGGAAGAUGAAGAGGCGUGGAUGAAUCAGCUGAAUAUGAAACGGAUACAGCCAAAAGAUCCAGCUCUGUUACAAAAGCAAAAACAAGAAGCCGAGCAAAAGGAGAAACUGGAGCGUGAGCGAAAGGAGAAACUGGAGCGUGAGCAAAAGGAGAAACUGGAGCGUGAGCAAAAGGAGAAACUGGAGCGUGAGCAAAAGGAAAAGCUGGAGCGUGAGCAAAAACUACGAUUGGAGCGCGAGAAGCUGAAGAAAAAGCUAAAUGAUAGCCUUAUAGAGCCACAGUUUGAAAAAGAGAAGAAGCCGAUCGAACAGGAACGUAGUAAGACGCCACGUGACAGCAAGGAGCUAAAACAGUCCAAACAGCAACAGCAGCAGGAGGAAAAGGAAGACCCCAAUAUUGAGGAAGAGACGAAACGUAAGCUGCAGGAGCAUCUGCAGAAACAACAACAGAGAUUGCAGAGCCAGCAGCAGCCGUUGCCGCUUGUGCGUCUCAAGAAAUCUCAGAUGCAGAACACCAGCCUAAUCUAUCCACCCAUAGCGCAGACAAGCGCCACAAUUACGCCAGCGCCAUCGCCGACAAAUGCAACGUCGCCCAGUUUGACUUUGGCGAGUAGCAGUAGCAGCAAUAACAAGCGAACAGCAGCAGUAGCAACUGCGCCAGCACCAGCAACAACAUCUAUACAAACGCCUUUAACGCCGCAGUCUAUUAGUAGCGUUAGCAGUGGCAGCAAUAGUAGCAACACCAACACCAACAACAACAAGAGCACAAUUAUUAACAAACCGCGUAGCAAUUCCAGAUUUCUAACAUCGUUGGAGCCAUAUACGACACGUUCGUGGGAGGACCAAGAAUUUCACUGUGACAAUGAAUUCUUUUUGGAGGAAGCCGAUGAGCUGCUUGCCGACAAUCCCAGUCUCGAGAUACCCAAGUGGAAGGUGAUCCGAAAACAUCCCUGUACGGAUGACAAGGACACGGAGCCAUUGAGUGAUAACGACUUUGUGCGUCGCCACGAAAAGUACGUGCGCGAUGAGAUUGAGCGUAAGAAGCGCGAUGCACGCUACAUACGCGAACAGAUGCGCAGCGAGGCGUUGCGUGUGCGUCAUAAUCAGGAUGAGGUGCUGGUGCCGCUUGAGCCCCUGCCCAUAUCAACAUUCUAUCCGCUGCCCGAGGACAUUGAGGCCGUUUCCUAUGUAACCGAGGUGCCCGUUCAGGCAUUCGGCGAGAAUGUUGUCAAUCUACAGGCAGAGCCUAGCGAGAGCGAACCGAACUUUACGCUGCCCUGGCUCGAGGCGGUGCACGGCGAGACGGCGAUUGCCCGGCUCAGAGCGGAGGCUAUGCCUGUGGCAACAUUGGCCAGCAAAAAACUGCCCACAUCGGCGGCAGAGGCGCGGCACCAGGAGAUGAAUUCAUCAUAUGUGUUCCUCAAGCGGCGAAAGCGGCAAAGGCGACGUUAAGCGUGCCGCAGCAGCAGCAGCAGCAGCAGCACAGUUGCCACAUGCCACACACCCACAGAUUGACGUUGCACAUGGCUGAUAU